AUGGAAGCUGAACCUCAGGAUGUGAGGACAACAUCCACGAUUAUUCCUCUUGCGUUGCCCAAGGGAACGGAAAAGUUGUGUGAACUUUGUCAAAGAAGAGCGCAUCUGCAGUGCAACUGGUGUCGGGUCACCUUUUACUGUGAUGCAGAGCACCAGCAGGCUGACUGGAUAGGAAUCCACCAAAGGAUCUGUCAGUUGCUUGUUCCCAUUCGUACCCCAACACUCUUUAGUCUCCAGCGGGCUGGUCGCAUUGAAAUACAGCUUAAAAAGGCGGAGCUGAUUGAAAUUUGCAGGUUGGUGGCUGAGAGCAAGCUCUCUGAGGGGAAGCACCAGGAGGCUAUGCCUGCUGCCCAGUUCUGCCUGCGAUGUUCCAUUGACGUGCACGGCCCCAGUACUGUUCAACUGGUCCCAGCCUACUUGUUGCUGGCUGAUGCUAAUAUGGGUAUGGGAAAUCUAGCUCUGGUGGCAGAGCUCUUGUCCCAGGCCGAGUGGGCAGUGUUGAAGAGCCCAGAAUGUGGUCAUGCAGUCCACCACAAGCUGCACAGGAGCCUGGGCCGCCUCCACACAGCGACAGGAAACCUGGAAGAAGCUCUGCUUAACUUUGCAAAUGAUAUAUACUUUGCCAGUGAGGAGUAUGGUUUGGAGAGCACACUCACCUGUCGUGGUUACUUUCUCAUGGCUGAAGUGUUUGCCAAACAAGGGAAGAUGCCGGUCGCUCGUUCCUUGUACUCUGAGGUGGCACAAACUUGGCACUCCCAUCUGGACAAAGUCCUCAAAACCCACAUCAAGAAUGUCCAAAAAAAUCCCAACUUGUUGUUGGAGCCCUCCAUUGACAAAGCUCAUCUAGUUGAAGUGGACGGGAUGUUACGAACCAUUUUGGAGAUUGAACAGAAUAACUCCAGAAAAGACUCAGCGCAGAUUGCACUGGUAGCCCACUGCCUGGCCAUGCUGUGGUUCCUAGGACGGGAUGACCUCCAAGCACUGGGAUUUGGCAGCACGGCUCUACAGGCCAGCCAGCUGAUACCAAACCAUGACCUGACAGAGUCCAUCCAGACCCUGCUGCAGCUGGUGCAGACAGAGCCACAUCCCCGUUGUGACUAG